AUGGGUCCCGCAUGUGCAUUCAUUGUUCUCAUGUUCUUUCUCAUCUCUCCAUCCAUCUGUGCCUCCCAUGCAUCAGACUCCAUCACCACCAACCAAUCCAUCUCUGGUAAGCAGAAGCUCAUCUCCGUAGGUGGUAACUUUGUGCUUGGUUUCUUCACUAAAGAUGAAUCCUCUGCCAAAUUCUACAUCGGAAUAUGGUACAAAAAAGUCUCAGAGCUGACCCCUGUCUGGGUGGCCAACAGAGCCACCCCAGUCUCAGAUACCACCAAGUCUCUGCUUCAUAUCUCCCCAGACGGUAACUUGGCUCUGCUUGACCAAUCCAUUAAUUCUCUCGUAUGGUCAACCAACGCCACCAUCUCCUCCAAUUCUUCUACAGUUGCUGUCCUCUUAGACAACGGCAACCUUGUCUUGAGAGACGCUGACAACUCUUCCAACAUCUUCUGGCAGAGCAUUGAAAACCCAACUCAUACUUGGCUUUCUGGUGGCAAGAUAGCUCUGAAUAAAAUAACCGGAGUGAGCCAGAGACUCAUUUCUUGGAAGAACUCUGAGGAUCCAGCUCCUGGGUUAUUCUCCCUGGAGAUCAAGAAGGAUGGCCAAUACCAAAUCCAGUGGAACAUGUCCAAAUCCUAUUGGACCACAGGCCUCUGGGAUGGCCGUGCAUUUACCAAAGUACCAGAAAUGACGUCGGGUUACAUGUGUGACUACACCUAUGUUAAUAACUCCGAAGAGAACUACUUCUCCUACACUCUCAAGGAUAACAGCACCAUAUCUAGGCUUAUAAUGGAUGUAAAAGGGCAGAUUAAGAUGCUGAUCUGGGAGGAGGUCAACCAAAAAUGGAUACAAUUCUGGUCUGAACCAGAAGCCCAGUGCGAAGUCACUGCAUUCUGUGGCCCUUUCGGAAGCUGCAACGAGCAGACGUUGCAGAAGUGCAGUUGCGUGAAGGGUUUCAACCAGAAAUCACCAAAAGACUGGGGUUUGGGUGAUUACAGUGGAGGGUGUGUCAGGAACAAAAGGUUGCACUGUGGUGCCAACAAUAACUCAGCUUCCUUCAGUGAGCAGGACAAGUUUUUCCAGAUGUCCAGUGUCAGGUUACCUGAUCUCGGUCAGGCUUUGCAAGUUAGUAGUGAUCAUGAAUGCAUGCUAGCUUGCUUGAAUAACUGCUCUUGCACUGCCUACGCUUAUGGCGCUGGUUGCACUGUAUGGUAUGGUGAUUUGCUUAAUCUCCAAGAACAAUAUGAAGGAUUAGAUGGAGGAACUCUCUUCAUUCGUCUUGCUGCUUCUGAGCUUCCAAGUCAUCAUAAGAUUGGAAGUGUUUCUGGGCUUGUUGCUGGUGUCGUAGCUGCAGUUGUUGUUGUUGUUGCGGUGGUUGUCUUCAUUCUAUCUGUAACAAUAAGGAGAAGAAGAAGAAGAGCGUUCAGGUUAGUGAACGGAGCUUUGGUGGUCUUCAGGUACAGUGACUUGCAACGUGUGACCAAGAACUUCUCACACAAACUAGGCAGUGGGAGUUUCGGUUCUGUUUUUAAAGGGGUGUUAUUAGAUUCAACUGCUAUAGCUGUCAAGAAACUAGAAGGGCUUCGUCAAGGUGAGAAGCAGUUCAGAGCGGAGGUGAGCACCCUUGGAACCAUUCAGCAUGUUAAUCUUGUUCCUUUGCGCGGUUUCUGUGUUGAAGGUACUAAAAGGUUGCUGGUUUUUGAUUAUAUGCCUAAUGGUUCUCUGGAUUCUCAUCUCUUUCAUAGCAAUGAUAACGUCUUAGACUGGUCCGCUCGUUAUCGAAUUGCACUUGGAAUUGCCAGAGGAUUAGAGUAUCUCCAUGAAAAGUGCAGAGAGUGUAUCAUCCAUUGUGACAUCAAACCAGAAAACAUACUUUUGGAUGCUGAGUUCAACCCAAAAGUGGCUGAUUUUGGUCUUGCAAAGCUGCUUGGCAGGGAGUUCAGUCAUGUGUUGACCAGCAUGAGAGGAACCAUUGGGUAUCUGGCACCGGAAUGGAUUUUAGGAUUAGCAAUCACACCAAAAGCUGAUGUUUAUAGCUUUGGUAUGAUGCUUUUGGAAAUAAUAUCAGGAAAAAGAAACGCAAAGUGGUCGGAGAAUGGAAGCCAUUAUUUCCCUGUUGAGGCAGCAAUGAAAGUGAAUGAAAAUAUGGCUCAUUGCUUGUUGGAUGAAAGAUUGGAGGGGAAUGCCAACAUGGAAGAGGUAAAUACAAGUUCCAGAGUUGCUUGCUGGUGUAUUCAAGACAUGGAGAAUCAAAGACCAACAAUGGGAAUGGUUGUUCAAAUGCUGGAGGGACUUGUUGAAGUUACUGUACCUCCAAUCUCUGUUUUCCUUCAAGGCCUCGUUAUAGAUCCUGAGGACCAGAGCCACAAUUUGGAAAUUCCAGCGAGUUGUUAUUCAAGCUGAAUUCCAAAAGGCAC